GGAGCGAUAUAUUUUUAUCCAUUUCAAUCCCGUGCAUCUGUAUCAUUUUCUUUGAAAAAAAUAUGGCAUUACAUUGCACAAUUUGGCCUUACUAAUGAUGGGAAUAGAGGAAACUAUUAUACCGCAAGGUUUUGAUCUAAGCUACCACAGAAGAAAAAAUCUGAAUGUUCCGUUCAAGACAGAGGAAGUCUCGGGAUUUAAUUACAGUUUAGGAUAAAGUGAAAACGUCGUAGCUAAUCCUUGAAUUCUGCGUGAUGUGGAGCCUCUCCACAACAUAUUCCAAUAUUUUUGACAGCCCGUGAAGGCAACAGAAGGCCUCUAUCUCCUCUGACUACUUCCUGUAACGCAAGCUCAGUCAGCUGUCAUUAUCGAAAGGGCGAGGAGGAGAGGGACUUCAGAGACACCUAACAACAGCUACAAUGUCUAGUUUCAACACCAAGUUUGUAGAUUACACGAUGACUCAGCUAAACGAAAUUCUGGAGGACGACGAAAAACUUACGAAAAUGGUCCAGGAGAUGGAUGAGGUACGUGGAGCUCUUCAGUAAAAGUCCCCAGUCCCAACAUUAGCUACCGACUCCCUUUCCAGGGCUUGUUUUUCGCCUUUGUUAUGUUCUCCAUGUAAACCGCCUGUUAUAGAUACGGAAGUGGUUUCCCUCUAUCUCGAUAAAGACGUAUACUGUAGCCUCCGUGAUAGCAUCUAAAGUUCUUACUCACAGAGCAUUUUACAGACUGAGGGUUUUCAUCCUAGAGACAAUCAAAUAAGCAAGUAUCGUCCCAAGUUUGAAGACAAGAGGACUCCGAGUUACAGUUUCAAGGCUAUUUCUUCUUCAGCACUGAGUAGGGAUUGUAAAAUCUCUGUUACUGGCACACCUCUGCGACAGAGUCACCUUUCAGAGGCUUGAAAUCUUGGGGAAAAAUGGCCCUAACUUCGACAGUUUUCAGACCUGUCGUCGUGCCAAUCUGCAUCCACUCGUCUGCCAUUUUACCACUGACAGUUUGGACAAGAAAGAUUAACCUGAACGAUUAAAUAUCAUCUUAAACCAUUAGUCUAAAUCUAAACCCUCAAUAAUCUGACUAUAAACUCUGGACACAAACACACUGCAGAUGGCCUCAGUUGCUGUUAAUGUUUAUUUCACCUGAGUAAUUGUUACAUCCUGGUCAUGUGUAAAAUUAUGCAACACAAACAGGUUAUAUAAUUAGUUGUCAACUUUUACACUAAACACUGAACUCUGGUUUUGUAUUAGUAGCACAAGGACAGUGUGAACCUGUCAUUCAUCAUAGUCUGUACCUGUCCUACUUCAGCGCUGAUAAGACUUUCCAUGCACAAUUUACCUCCCAGCAGCAGAUCCACAUCAACAUAGCAUGUUUAAGAUGAUACAGAUCUAAAUUUAAGAUUUUUGUAAACCUCAUUUUUCUGCUGUUCUGUCAAAUAACAGUCACUUCAGUAAAAUUAAAGUAUUCGAUAACUUGAUUGCUGAAGGAGCGAUUUUAAAUCGGGCAAAGCAUCAUUACCUUUGUAGCCCCGUUUUUAGUUUCAAGCAAAAAUCUCAUAGUCUGUGUUGUAAUUUUUCAUUAUUGUAGUGCUCAUGGUAGUUAUUCCUGCUUGUGUGAUUUAGUUUUGCGCAGGUAUCAACUUCUGAAUCAACUCUAAUGGGGACAUAUCAGAAAAGUUGUUUCAAAACUCCUCACUGUCUCUGUUGUCUCACUUUCGUGCCUGUCUUUAGAGGUAUUAACUCCAGAGGUCUUACUUACAGACUGUUAUCUCCUUGUGGAGGUGUGGUUGACCCCGUUAUGACUCAUUCUUGUAAAGGUGAUGAUUGGCUGAUGCUCCAAAAGGGGGGUAAAUGUUCUCAUGGUGACAGCAGGCACAGAGGAAUGGUGAAACUGAGCCACCUGAACAUAGAUUCUGAUCAGAUAUUGUAUUGGUGUGGACAAAUCAUGAGUUCUGUAAAAGCUCAAGAAAUGUUUGCAAUCUUCUUCUGAUCAAGGUAUAGCCUCUUCACAUGCUGAUUGUAAAAGCCGUUUUCCUCACUCAGAUCAGACCUCUAGCUAUGCAAGCCGAUCAUUUCCAUGGCUUUUUUUAACCAUGUUUGAUCUGCAUCUUUGAUAGAUAAACAAAUUUGUUUUCCGCUCUGUAUGUGAAACACAGUGAUGUUAGUUUUCUGUCUCCUAAAAUGCAGCGUGACAUAGAUCUUAUGGUGCUUACAGUCCUGUAACUGGUUUUUUUUUGUCUUUUUUUAAAUAUAUGUAAUUUUUGUGCAGCUUGUUGCUGUUGAUGCUAUUCUGGACUCGCUUAACUUUGUUAUGACUAGCCUCACUAUGCCUCACCACUCAUGAGAACUAAAUCAUGAGUGAAAUUGACACAUUUUUUCAGUUUCAAAAUAUUGCAUUGUUUUUUCUUGGCUGACUCAGCGCAGUCAUGAUCUCUGCACAAUUGAAUCUUUAGCUUGAAAUUAACUCACUGUUAUUGUUUGGAAUAAUAUUACUCCUAUUCCACUUUUUUUUUUUUUUCAGAAAAUAAAACAGCUUUCAAUACCUUUUGAAUAUUAAAGGAUCUCAUCUGAAAAACUUUCCCUAAACCUAUAUUAGUCCCACGGUGGGGAAAUUUGCAGUGUUAACAACAGCAAAAGAUCAGCACAGCAAACAUAGAAGAAUAAAUAAACUCAUCAUGCACACAUUAAACAAAUAAUUAUAAAAAGUUAACUUCUAUACCCUAUACAAAAAAUAUUAUACACCAGAAAGAGAAACAAAAUGUAAGAAACAACAACAAAAUAAUAAAAACUAUUCUACACAGUGAAAAAAAAAAUUGGACAUGUUAUACACCUGAGCUAAAUGUAGGUAUUUGCAAUUGUGAUAAAUAACUUGCCUGUCAUUAUUGCACAUUGAGGUAGCAUUGAGUUAUUGUCUGUUAGUUGUGCUAAAAAACCUGGAUUAUUGGGAGUAGGCCUAGUUAAACAGUCUGACUGCAGCAGGAAGGAAGGACCUGCGUUAUCUCUGUCACAAACCGUGGAAGAAGCCUGUCAGAACUAUGAACUAUUUUGUAGACCUGGAAGCUGUGUGAAAACAGCCAUUGGUUUAACCUUGUGAAGUUUACAACAGUGGACCCAUUUGGUACACUUGAAAGGGUUAUGUCACAUAAAUAUUCUACUGUCUCCAUGGUACAUAUGUUGCUGAUUUACACCCCAGGUAAAAGGUAACACAUUACGCACAGCACGAAGGAUAUAAAAAACAAACCAAACAUGUUCACAACUUUGAUUUUCUCUAUUUUAUUACAGAUAGACAAUAUGGCAAAUGGAUAUACUCAUGGCAAGAUUCAUCAGUUGAUCAAAAAGUAUCUGUAAAUUUUGACACAAUGUAAAACAUUCUGUGAUCAUAGUAUUAACUUUGGGUCGAAACAGCACCUACGAGGCACAGAUCUGAACAUCUGUAAAAUCAGAAACUGCAGAGUGAAAAGAGAAAGACUCUGCGUGUUCUCGCAGUCUUCUCUGUCAGGAGUGGGAUUUUCAGCCCAGCAGUUUUACAGCUGUUUGACUGCAUUAAAGCAACAUACGUGUUUGAUUAACCAGUCUCCCAUUUUAAGCCAUAAGAAAGAAAUGAGAAUUCUGAGAUGUGUAUGUCGUCAUGUAUGUGGGUUACAAUUUCAACUUUUAGUUUUUAGAGCCGGUGCCGCUGCCCUCUUAUUUAAAGUGAUGAUUUUCUCUCUAAAUUGAGGUUACAGUUUUUUUUUAAAGUUUAGGGUUUGUUUUAGUUUUAGAUGGAUAAGUAGGUAGGUAGAUAGAUACUUUAUUGAUACCAGAAAGAAAUUAAAAAAACCACAGGCAGCACCAAUUAAAAACACAGUACACAUUCUGCAAAUACAAAUACUGUGACAAUACUUACACUAACCAACGAAUGAAUAAAAACAGUCUAUAAACAUGACCAUAAGGCCAUAAGGCAGUGGUGCAAAACAUAUACUUCAUGUUUUUUCAUAACAUGAGGUAUAACUAUGAAGAAAAAAUUCAAAGCAUCACAUUACGUGGCUAUUUGCUUUGUCAGAGAUACAUGUGGUCAGACAAACCUCAGUUCGCCUCUUAGAAUGCACUUAAGACUGUGAUUUAAAUUUUAUAGGGCAACUUGAAUUGCAAAUGAGGGUGCUGAGAAGUUCAGUGAGUACAUCUGUAGUGUGUAGACACAAAACCAUUGAGUGAGAUGGUGACGAUUUGCGCACAAUUAUCUACGUUUUCUACAUGGCAGUGUGUUUGUUUCUUUUGAUGCCACUAACGUUGUGUGCACUGAUCUCACCUGUGUCCUGCCUCUACAGACCUGACAUUACUCUGUAUCAUCUCUGUUCUCUGCUACACCAAAUACAAGUUGUACAUAAGCAAGACAUGCUUCAGCUACAACUCUUGUUGUCGUUUUAGUCUGUUUAUAGUGGCUGGAGUGUACUUAUUAUUUCCAAGCAAACAUUUAUGUACUUGACAGAGUUAGUCUGCAGUUGGGCUUGUCAUAUUGCCUCUUCAGCAGGCCCGCACUGUCAAAUAUUAGCUUUGCAAGAAGACGGCUGAUGACUUUAGGAUUAUGGUUCAAAGAGCAGUAUUGAUAAAUAUCUUACGCUGCACAUUUUAUGUCUAAUAGUACACUGUAUUAAAUCUAUUAAUACUAUUAUUCACUUUUUUGAUUCAGUGUUUCUUUGCAAAAGCUUAUUGAUGGACCUCAUAGUCAAAAAUUAUGAGCCCAGUAUGUAAGAAGAUCUUGUCUGCCUUGAAGUACAAAGGCUUCACUGUUUCUCACAUUUCUAACUUGUUUUCUUGUAGAUGCAGGAAGUCCAGGACAACAAGGACAAGACUCUGGCCAGUAACCGAACCCUGGCACAGCUCAACCUUGCCUUGCAGCCCAGACUGGAGCAUAAGAAAGAGCAGCUCACCAAGCGCUACAACUGUCUCCGGGAAAGUUUUGAGUCUUAUCAACUUCGCAAGUCCACCCUAGGUAAGGCAAAUAUGCAGCUGGUGCUUCAGUGUGUUAAUAGAACCCAACCUUUACAAAAUAUGAACACACCUGUUUACGAAGACUUAGUGAACUGAAACCUAAAUUUAAGCCUGUCUGCAAAUUAAUGCUCAUGUGCUGUCUUCAAAAUAAGCAAGUACUCUAAUACUUCAAGAACACAUUACCAGUCGCGGUUGUUUUAUUGAAAAGUUUCUCCACAUUUUGUCAAAGAUAGGCCUGUGUGCACCGUAAGCAUCCAGUGUAUCCUAGUGGAUUGAUUAUUUUAAGAAUCAAGAUGCCCAGUCUGUGCAUACAAGAAAAAAAAUGUUGUUGUUCAAAUACUCAGUAUUUGUCCUUUGUAAAACUUGGAAGAGUACACACAAAAAUAACAGAAAACAACUCUUUUACUAGCUAACUACAUGAUAUGAGGCUGACAAGACAAGACAAGACAGACUGCUGGCAAAUGUGUUAAAAGUGCUGAGCACAGAGAAAAAUGUGAGCUUUGUUCACACAUCUUUCUUUUAUAAUGGCAUGCCACAGAGAGAGAGCGAGAGAGGGCAAAGUGAAGCACUAAAGGUUAAUACUACUUUUAUAAGUAGAAGAAGGUAACGGUAAUAGAUAAUGAGAUUCCUGUCCAGUUUAAUGACCUUUCACCUCUUUCUUAUUUGCAAGUCAAAUAAUGGAAAACAUCUGCGCUCUGUCUUUGAGAUGGGAUCUGCACUUCUGAACUUUAGGCGGAAGAAAAGUCCCAAGUUUUCUCAAACACUCUGCAUGCUUUCUUUACGAUGGUCAUCCUCACACAGUCAUAGACUUUAUUAAGAUUCUAAUGAUACGGGAUAAGUGUCAGAAAAUUGAUGGAUGGAUGGGUCCUGAGAAAUAAUACCUAAAACAUAUUUCGUAUUUGCUGCUACCGUUUAACAAAUAACAUAAGAAAGGCGAUUGAAAUCAAAGUUUUAACGUACUACUCUUUUUUAAUAUAUAUAUUUGGGUGAUUUUAGCCUUUAUUGACAGGACAGGGUGAAAUGUUGGGUGACAGAGAGAGAGGGAGGAAGACAUGUAGCACGUUGAUGGGGCUGGACUUGAGCCUGCGACCGCUUCGGGGACCAUGGUCCCCAUGUAUGGGGCACGCUAACCUGCUUGGCCAUCUGGGCGCCCCUAACGUACUACCUGUUUUUAAUGUAGUGAAGUAAAAGUAAAGUGUAGAUACUCUCAAAAAUACUUGAGUACAGUAAGGAAAAGUCCCCCGUCCUCCACAGCCCUCCAAGCUCAUGGACAUCAUGCUGAAAUCAAAUUUGAUUCGUACUGUCACAGACAGAAGUCCUGUUAUUAAAUUAUAAGGAUUAGUAAACAACAUAUAAAGCCACACCUGUCCUCUAAUGUUUAAAUAGUCUUUGGUUCUACAAUAAGCCUGUCAGAUAAAGCUGACAAGCUCAUUUUAAAGCCUCAAAAGGCUCAUAUCUUCAUCUGACCACAUUCACUGAUCACUCUGCUUAUGAUUUCGCUUUGUUAACUCCUCUGUAUUUAUGGAUCUGCUUAUUAUCUUGUAACAUGUCUGACUGCCAACAACACAGAACGUGUCUUUUAUAGGUUUAGUGUCAUUUCAUUUGUAAUGAUUCACUGUUUCUUGCUAUUUAACAGACCACAAAUCAGGAAACACUUCUCUGGAUACAUUGCUGGCUUUACUGCAGGCAGAAGGGGCCAAAAUAGAGGAGGACACAGAGGUAAGCAUUCGACUCCUCCUCCUUCCAUGCACGUUGACAAGUUCCUGACUUUUCCUUUGUCGGUGUCUCUCUUAAACAGGGUUAAUAGUUAAACUUGAACACUCUUGUUUAUGGAGGUUAUGUAGGCAGCAAACAUGGCGCUGUGUCCCAUUUUGUGAAGGGCGUCUCUGACAGCUGAAGAAUAACACAUGUUAUCUCUUUGACUGACCAUGGGUGUGAAAGCUUGAUUACGAGUAAACACCAACUUAGUGAGUUAGAGAACAAAGUCCAAUCCAUACAGUCCCCAUAACACAGUUAACAGGACUUGAAUGAUCUGUUGCUACCGGUACCAGAUACCAUGGCACACCACUAGAGGUCUACCAGUGUCCAUGUCUUAUCAGUUCAGGGGCUGUCUAUGGUCUGAUGUGAUAAGAGUGGGAACCUGCACUUUAUGAGGCAGGUGGUCUGUGAUAACGACUCAAGAAGCUGCUGUGUUGCAUAAGGAAAACAGAAACAUUUGAAAAGACUGAGAUCUAUGUUUGACUGAGUUAUGGAUUUAGACUGUAAGAAAGAUUUUCCAAACUAGGGGCUUCUAGCUGAACUCUGCUAUCAGUGCUGUACAUGGUAGAAAAGGACUUAAAAACUGGGUUCUCCAGCUUAUUAUAUGUUAUUGGAAAUGUCUACAGUUUUGCUAGUCAGCAAUGUCACAAAUAUUUUAGCAACUUCAAUUUUACAUAGACAUUCAAUGUACAACAGGUUAGUAAGAUAAUAGAUGUCCCCGAGCAUAAAAUUGCAAGAACUUGAGGAUUUUAUCAAUCACAGUGUGUGCUGCCAUCAAAAUUAGUCUCUAUAGAAAAGGAAAAAGGGAAAAUGAAACAAUAUUUAAUGACAACUCUUCAAGCUGUCUUUCAAUUAAGAUUUAUACUGUAUGCAAUUGUUUGUGUUUUGUAACAAUAUUUAGUAUUUUGUGGCUGUUUCAGUGUUUUAGUGUGCCGGCUUAAACCUUGAAUCAGGUCAUUGUCUAAUUGGAUAGUUGGACCACAGAAUGACAAGGUUUCCUGUAACUUGACCAGUGAUCUAAGUGAGCACGAUGAUUGUGAAUUUAAAUUGAAUUUAGGAAAUCAAUUUAAAGUUCUUCUGGUUUGUUUCCAAUUGUCCAUAAACUUGAUUUCCAACACUGUCAAUCAUGUUUGCUAUUAUUGUCCAACAACGCUCAGAGAGGCCCUCCUCAUAAUCUCCCUGUGCUCCACAGAAUAUGGCUGAUUCCUUCUUGGAUGGAGACAUGACCCUCGAUUCCUUCAUUGAUGCAUAUCAGAGCAACAGAAAGCUGGCACAUUUAAGAAGGGUGAAGAUUGAAAAGCUGCAGGAGAUGGUACUGCAGGGCCAGCAGCUCCCCCAGGAAUCAUCCUCCCGAUCUCAGGAUGUGUCAGCAGCAGCCAGACUCCCAUCCUCCUCUUCUCUCGCAGAGCCGAGCAACACCUCCUCCCCUAUCGCACAGCCAAGGAGAAAGCCUCCAGCCCCUCCAGCCUACACAGUGCCAUCUCUUGAUACAGCUCCAGCUUCAUCAGCUCCAACUCAGCCUCCAGUCUUCUUCUCAGCUUCACCAUACCCACCAAUUCCUCCCAGGACAGGCCAACCCUAUCCAGGCGUCUCCUCUGGCUACCCCAACCACUUCCUAUCUCAGUGCCCUCCUGCUUUGCCUCAGAGGCCUAGUCCCCGCCUUGCCCCGCAACCUGGCUUCAUCAUGCAGUAAUUUAAAGCAGAUGCCACUCACGAGACACAGAGGGUGUCUUUGACUUUCCACACCUGGAUCUCCUCUAGGAACUUUUCCUCCAUGUGGGCAGCAUUAUUGGAAUACUAGAACCACAACUCAAAGGCAGAUCUGCACCAGAUGGUAAGCUGAGGAAACUCUUCUAUGGAUUUGUGCUGUACACUCCAUCCCAUCAACACUCCAGGAAAAAAAAAAACCUGACAAGAUCGGUCAGAAGUAAUGCUUAUCUGACUCUGUUUAGUUGAAGGGCCCAUUGCCCUGGUGGGACUGAAGCACUUGUCUUUCGUCAAAUCACUGACGAACUGGGACUUUUCAUUUAUCUGCACUUUCCGUCUCCAGACACUCCCCAAAGCUCUUCAUGCCAAUCACUUUUUUGUCGCCUACCUUUCAUCAGACAUGUUCCUUGAGCCUUCAGAGGAUGCUGAAAUCAUCAAAAAAUAAAUAAAAAAAGCUUAUGAAAGUUAUCAAUAUCUGCAGACAGUAAUUUACUGGUAAUGUAUAUGCAAGCAAUGAGAGACCCUAAUUACUGUGCAGUUUUAAUGAAGAUAUUCCAGACUACAUUCAGGCCAAACUGGAACUCUACUGUGAUUUGUUUGAAUUUCUUCUCAAGGUAUAUUCCAACUAGAGUUAUCUUUAUAAGACAAAAAAAAGGGGGUGAAGGAGAGCUUUUGGGUUGUGGAUCUUUUUAUUUAUCUGUGGGCGCUUGUCUAGAAAGACUUCACAACUCCCUGGAACAAGAUGGCUGACCGUCCAUCUCAGGGCGGAUGUUGAAAAUGAGUCGAAGAACGGAGGGUUGUGGAAGAGCUAUUGUAACAAAUUACUAAUCCUGUUGACUCUUAUCUGAAAUGAAGGAUUUAUGUAUAGGUAUACAUUACACUUCAUUUGUGUAUCCUUUUUUGUGGGCUACUUUUGUGAUUCAACACUCCUUUAUGAUGUUCAUGUCUUUGCCAACCUAAGUUUAGAUAAAAUAAUGCUAACCUUUUUUUUUUACAUUCUCACAUUUAUGGACCUGUCCAGUUUUCUCUAAGGUUUAGCACCAAAGAGUCCCUUCAUCACUCUGUUGAAAUGUUUUUUUUUUUUUUGUUGCAGUCUUUUUUAUGUGAGUGAACCAUUUAGUGAGGUAGUCUAACAUAGUUACCAACACAUUGGAUUGUGAUGUUGAGCUGAAUCGCUUUUUUUAUAACAAUGUUUGCCAGAUUUUGGAGCUUGCAAGAACACCUUGGCUUCGGGAGGAACAAUUUUUCUGGUGCGAUUUAAAAAAAAAAAAAAUAAAUCACCUCUUUUUUCCCAGAAGCUGUAGCUGUGCACUGUUAAAAGCCACGAGUGCCUACACUUGAAAUUAUCAUGUCCUGCUGACAACUCUGUGUGUUUCCAUGUCCCCCCCCUUCCCGUUUUCCUCGCCAACUCAGUAAGCACCAAUAGGUUUUUUGCCUUUUGGUGCUUGUGUCUCUGCAUCUCUUUUUUUUAAUUCUUCCACCAUUGUUUCAAAGUUUGUAUUGGGGUGACAUUUAAAUGUGGUGAUAUUUGUUGUUUGGGUUUUUAACUUGUAAAAAUAACUGGGCUCAGGAAUGUCUUAUGUCAUAGUAUGGUGAUAAUUUCUCACCUUGAGGCAAACAAUUUAACAUCAAUUGGACUUGUCAAAGGGCAAACUAUAGAAUAUACUGAAGCGUAAGCAUAAACAUCUCCAUAAACUAGCAUGGACCAUCUAACAACAGAUGACUCUUUUUGCAUGUUUUUGUGUUUGGUUGGAAUAUUCCUCUGUAACACCUUUUUUUUUAAGCUGUCCAGCUGCUCUUUCCUUUGAACUGAUCUUCUGUAUGCAUUGUUUUAUAUGUGGUUGGUUAUAUUUUCAGUAUAAUGUAUGUAUUUACUUAAUUGAAUGUUUAAGUGGAAUUCAAUGUUAUUUUCAAGUUCAAUAAAUCUCAAAGUUUUGUAUUUGUUUUUACUCACUUGCAUCAUUAUCAUUAUGCAAUCAACACAUCUGAAGUCUCACUGAAUGCCUCUAGUGCUCGUCCUUCUACUAUGUGUUGGAGCUAAAUUUGUUUUUUAAGAUGAUGUAUGUUCUGGUUCGACAGUUUGUGAAUUAUUUAUUAUAUUUUUUCAUACGUCUUUCCUUCAGUGUCUUUUUGCAGCAAUUCAGUUGCCAUGGUCACCGUACACAAACAAGGAGAGAACAUAGAGGGUCCAGAAAGUGAUGAUAUGACGAGCAUAGACACCACAAUGCUGACUAGUGUUUAGGUGGAGUAUUGCAGAGGGUGGCGGGCACUCACAGCAUACGAAGGAUGAGGUGCUGAAGAGGAAGUGAGUCACUACAGUGUAGGUCUCAUACAGUAGCGUUAACGAGGCUUAACAUGAACUCCAACAGCUCACUUUUUAGCCAAAGCAUACAGCUGUUAAUUUUUAUUGCACACUUCUUUUACUUGAGAAGCAUUUUCAGCCAUUCAUAUAAACUCAAGUGACAUCUAUUUAUCUAUAUGUCAGUGAAACAGUAGUUAAAAGGUGAAAAUGUUGAUAGUAAUAAUGAUGAUGAUGAUGAUGAUGAUGAUGAUGAUACUGAUUAUUAUUAUUAUUAUUACUGUUAUUAUUAUUAUUAUUAUUAAAAUUGUUAUUUACCACA